GGCGGCGGCGCAGCGCGGGCAGCGCGCAGGGGCUGGGCUCGUCGCCGGCGGGGGAGCGAGGCAGAGCGAGGCGGCGGCUCCAGCCACCCUCCCACCAUGUCGGGCACCCGGGCGUCCAACGACCGCAGCAGCCACCCCGGCGGCGGGCUCAAGCGGGCGCGCAGCGAGCCGGGCGGUAACAAAGUGACGGUGGUGCUGGGGGCGCAGUGGGGGGACGAAGGCAAGGGCAAGGUGGUCGACCUGCUGGCCACCGAGUCGGACAUUGUGUGCCGGUGCCAGGGUGGGAAUAACGCAGGCCAUACUGUGGUUGUUGAUGGGAAAGAAUAUGAUUUUCACCUAUUUCCUAGUGGCAUCAUUAAUCCAAAGGCAAUUUCUUUUAUUGGUAAUGGAGUGGUUAUACAUUUACCAGGCCUGUUUGAAGAAGCUGAAAAGAAUGAAAAGAAAGGUUUAAAAGACUGGGAGAAAAGACUGAUUAUAUCAGAUAGAGCACAUAUAGUGUUUGACUUUCACCAGGCAGUAGAUGGGCUCCAGGAAGUGCAACGUCAAGCACAAGAAGGAAAAAAUAUUGGCACAACAAAGAAGGGGAUUGGACCAACAUAUUCUUCCAAAGCUGCACGAACAGGCCUUCGAAUUUGUGACCUCCUUUCUGACUUUGAUGAAUUUUCUUCCAGAUUUAAAAAUCUGGCACAACAAUACAAGUCAAUGUUUCCCACAUUGGAAAUAGAUGUAGAAGGACAAUUGAAAAAGCUAAAGGGAUAUGCUGAAAAAAUAAGGCCCAUGGUUCGAGAUGGUGUGUAUUUUAUGUAUGAAGCUCUUCAUGGCUCCCCAAAGAAGAUCCUUGUUGAAGGAGCCAAUGCAGCAUUACUUGAUAUUGACUUUGGCACCUAUCCUUUUGUGACUUCAUCGAACUGCACCGUAGGUGGUGUAUGCACUGGACUUGGUGUUCCUCCCCAGCAUGUCGGUGAUGUGUACGGUGUGGUGAAGGCGUAUACUACUCGGGUGGGAAUUGGAGCCUUCCCCACUGAGCAGAUUAAUGAAAUUGGAGAUCUUUUACAGUCCCGUGGCCAUGAAUGGGGAGUAACUACAGGCAGAAAGAGACGUUGUGGCUGGUUAGAUCUUGUCAUUUUGAAAUAUGCUCAUAUGAUCAACGGAUUCACUGCUUUGGCAUUAACAAAACUGGAUAUUCUUGAUGUCCUUGAUGAGAUUAAAAUUGGUGUUGCUUACAAAUUGGGUGGAAAAAGAAUUCCAUAUUUUCCAGCUAAUCAGGAGAUACUACAGAAGGUGGAAGUAGAGUAUGAAACAAUGCCUGGGUGGAAGACUGACACAACUGGUGCACGAAAAUGGGAGGACCUCCCACCCAAGGCCCAGAAUUACAUUCGCUGUGUGGAGAACCAUGUUGGAGUGCCAGUUAAAUGGGUCGGAGUUGGAAAAUCAAGAGAGUCGAUGAUCCAGCUAUUCUAAACGAAUGAAGAACUUCAGUGAUGAGAAGCACAAUUUAGCAUUCAUCUGUUCCUUACUGCUUCCUCUUUAAAUGGAGAUGCUAUUUAAAACCAACAUGUUCUUCUAGGAAUUGAAUAGAAAGAAAACAUAUAUUCUGUAUUGUAACAUUUUAUUUAAGUUCUCAGUAAAUUCAGUGUAAAAUCUCCUUGGUGGCCACUAUCAAAGAAAAAUCAAAAACGUAUUCUUAACAAAAUAAGGAAAAAUAUUUUUUUAAAUUUGAGCCAUGUUAACUAUUUAAAAGUAUUUUACACCCAUACAGAGUUAUUUCUUCUUGCUGAAACCAGUAUUAAACCUUUUCCGGUAGUUACUGGGUAACUUUAGAAUUGUGAAGCUUGGAUUUGCUCUUCAACUUCAAAUGCUACAAUGUUUAUGUAUUUGGGUUGGCAGUAAUAAGACAGAUACCAUGUACUUAAAUUGGUUGGAUUAUAUAGAUUUUCAGUUUCUGAAAUAUGGUGAAGUUAGGUAGGUAUUUUUGACUGCACAAAGCAAAGCAAACACAAUUAUCUAUAAUUUUUAUAUAAUGAUUUUUUAAUAGCCCACUAAAAUGAAUGGGGAGCAUCUAAAAUAUUUUUGUCACAGAGCCUGUUCUAGUAACUAACAUCUGUAGAGGGGCCAAACUGGAGAAAGUUCAAAUAUCCUGUGUACUAGCAGACAAUCCCUGUGGAGACUGUCAGAUGUGCAGUCUUUAUUUUAUGCAGUAGGGAAGGAGUGAGCAAAGGUGGAAGGAAGAGAGUCCUCAGGGUACAAAACACACGGGGAGAGCGGAGCCGAGGCAGCACGCUGUGUUUUCUCAGUGAACCUGAAACAUUUCUUCCUGCUCAUGCAGUGAUUGUAAUUUCCAAAGUUUUACUGUAGAUAUCUGUUGAGGAACUUGGGACUUGCAGCUCUGUAAGGCACACUUGCUUCCACAGCUCUAGGUUUCCAAGAAUAAAUCAAUGCAUGACUUAACGAUGACUGCUGCAGUAUUUACACCCCUCACACAUUUUGACCUUCCUCAGCAAAAUGUAAUGCCUAUUUAUAGAAGGGGAUGACAUGUGGCAGCCAGGGUUGGGACAUGUAGAAGCCGUGGAGAGGUCCCAGAAUCUUUAAGAAUACACUUGGAUUUCUUUGUGGAUCUUCUAAUUUAUAAUGGCUAUACUUCAAGAGCUCUCAAAAAAAGGCCUACCUCUUGUAGAGGAGAAAGAAUACAGUAGAAACGGAGUUAUUCCGUAACUGCGGAAUUUUCCGAGUAAAUGUUCCUUUUCUAUUGAUGUCUCAGAAAGCUAUAACAGUAUUUUUGUAUCAUUCCCAGGGGCUGUGGAAAUGGCAUCAAAACCCCAGUAAUGCCAUUAUCUAGUGUGUGAAAAUAUCCCUUUUCUGAGAUGAUAACUCCAAGGAUAUGAACCCAUGAGAAUCUUUGCAUCAGAGAUGGGGAAAAAGAAAAACCUGUCUGGAGUAUUCUGUGUCAUACUCAUCCCCUUUGUCAUUUCUCACUCAAUAUUAAAUAACAGUUCAAACCCAUUUGUGUCAAGAAGCAAUUACAAAAGUACCGAUACAAGCACAAAGCAAGCACUAAAUUUAACUGUUUACGGAUGUAUUGCUGCUUGUAAGGCAGAAUUCUUACACCCUCCAGCUGCAGUGCAGUCUCUUCAUACCCCAGUUCAUAACAGACUGUGGCUUUAUGCCACAAGCAAAUACCCUUUAUCUCUUGGAAAAAAAAAAAAGAGCCCAAAGCCGUGAAUCCUUAAUUCAGCUACAAUUGCUUUGUUGAUCUUUGACAAGUUGUUUAAUCUUCCUGCUACUGUUUUUUCAAUCUGUAAAAUGGCAAUUAGGCAUACAUCCUCACCUCUUUUACACUGUUUUGGAGGUCCAUGGGUCCUGCAGCCUUGCUCUGACAUUGAUGAGGAAGCUCUCCCUGUAGUAUUUAUGGGUAUUCUAAUGAAAGAGCAAUGAGAUUUCUGACCUUAUUUAAUGUUUGCAAGCCAUUUCUGAAAGGUGCUUGGUAAGUGCUAAUUAUUACAAGCACCGUGAAAUGUGCCUCAUUUAUAUGACGUAAUUUAAGCAUAAAGAUGCUUGUAGGUACAGUAAUUAAGUUUUGUUUUCCCAUGGCUUAACCUUGUGACAUUUGCCUACUGGAUGAUCUAGACCUGUUCCUUUUCUUGGCCCCAUAUUCAUCAGUGCAUUUGUGCUAGGAGGUUGCCGCUAUAUUUAAGCUUUGGUUGAUUUAUAGGUAAAGUCCACAAUGACUAACAAGCCACUCCAUGUACUGAAUAACUGGAUUUAAUGAUCAGCUCUAAAUGAAGUAUUUGGCAUAUUGAAAAAAUUAGGUUUUAUAGCUUAAUUUUCACAGGAUUACUUUCUCUUGUUCACCUAAUCUUUUUAUUUUCCGUUAAGUAAUUUUUCCAUUAAGUGUCCGUUAAAUCCACAUUGCCUGUCUUUGCAUUCAAGGAUUCAUCAAAAACCCAGUGAUGUUGUCAAUGGGCAUGAUGUAAUAGGCAAUUAUCCCCUGACUUACACUGGUACCGUAAAAAUAAUAUCAUGCAUUUGAUUUCAUUUCAUAGCGUGGAUUUUUUAAAUUAAAGUUCUACUCCUAUUGAAUUUCAUAUGUGUUGUCACUGAGUUAAAUGUGAAUAAGUUCAGGCUUUUAUCAAAAAGCUCUUUAAACUACUGAGUGACACAAUACUUAAUAAGAACAUUUUUAUGUAAAUUUUCUUUCAUUUUGGCUGUUUCCCUUGUGUAUUAUUUUGUAUUGUUUGGAAUUUCAUUUUAAUAACAAUCACUGUGAUGAAUUUAAUUUCUUUUUUCUCCCCAGCCAAAUGCAAUAAUAAUGACUAAAACUGGUUGAUGCAUCAUCCUGUUAGAUAUCUGGAUGGAAGAAUAAGGGUGAACGUCUACCAAAAUGGCAUAAUUUGUGGUAAAGAUUAUAGUUUUCUAAAAGUAGCAAUUACUGAUUCACUCAUGCACAUUAAUGUAUUUGAUGUAUUUUCUCACAUUUACCCUUACAAUAUGGCCUUCAUAGUCAGGUGUAUGCUUCCUAACACAUGCAGUAUAGAAUUUUCAAGCUUUUUUAAUUUUUAAUUUGGCUGUAUAUGGUCUUACAGUUCUGGCAUAAUGCACUUUAUAAAAGGAAAGAAAAUUAAGCAUUUCCAUAGUAAUGUGCAAACUAUACUUAACACCUUAUGCAGAUUUUUUCAGAUGAAUUUUGGAUCCACACCUGUUUAUUUUGUCCUGAAAGACAUAUUAAAACCAAUUUAAAGUAA